UUCUGUACACGUUCGACGCGAUAACUCAUCGAACUGUUUGGGAAAAAAGUCAAAAACAAAUACGUCAGCGUUGAUUUUAACAAGCUAGUUGUAUGGAAACCGCUUGUGAAAGAACACAUAAAUUUCGUAGAAAGUGUUCGUUGCUGUAAUUUGUGUCACUGUAAAUAGUAGUUUAGUGUAUUAGUGUGUGUAAAGAAUCUAGUGGAUCCAUUUUUUUUAUAACGCAACAAAAAAAUGUUUGCAAAAACAACAAUUUCCUGCCACAAGCAUACAACACAAAUCCUCUCCUGCCUCACACUGCUGCUGUUGCUGACAAAUGUCACUUUGCUGCAUGCUGACAAAACCAGUUGUCAAUAUGAUGUCUUCAAGCCACAAAUAGCGACCUGUUCCGAUGAUAUAGCACCAAGCAUAACAAUUAGCACUGUGCGCGCAGAGCAAAAGGAGCUGAAUGUGACACCCGUUCAUAGCGUGAAUAUUGCCUUUAAGACGGCCACCUUUGGCAUGGGCUGUUUCUGGGGCGCUGAAUCGUUAUUUGGCGGCACUAAGGGCAUUUUGCGCACCACUGUCGGUUAUGAGGGCGGCUCCAAGGAUGCACCAACUGGUGAUCAUACUGAAGUACUGGAGAUUGACUACGAUCCCAAGACCAUCUCGUUCAAACAACUAUUGGAUCUGUUCUGGAACAAUCAUGAAUAUGGCCUGACCAACCCGAUCAAGCGUCAGUAUAUGUCAUUGAUCUUAUAUCAUGAUGAUGAGCAAAAGAAGAUCGCUGAGGAGUCCAUUGUAGAAGAGCAAAAGAAACGUGUGCCUGAAAAAAUCAUUACAGAGAUCUUACCAAAAGGAAAAUUCUUUCCUGCUGAAGACUACCACCAAAAAUACCGUCUGCAGGGGCACAAAGACCUCGCCGAAACGCUGAAUCUCGAUGCCAAACUAUUGCGCACCUCCUACAUUGCCACCAAAUUGAAUGGUUACCUCGCUGGCGUCGGUGGUGUAAGGCAAUUCAGAGAUGAGCUUGAAACAUUCGGUUUGACACCGUCUCAAAUGGAGUACUGCUUGUAUCAUGUGGAGCAGAAUGAGGGUAUGGGCCUUUACUGUUGACCGGUUGGCGGUUCGUCGUGCAGCUAUCGGCGCCGUUAUGGUCCUCGGCUUGUUGUGAAAAAGCAGAAAUAUACAUCUGCAUGAAUUUACUCAAACAUAUUUAUUUUGUUAAACAAAUUUUUAAGGCUAAAGCAUCCAUUAUCUCGGUAGUUAGCGGUGUAUGCGUGCAUCAUGCGCAUACGCCUAUUGGUAUGCCUUAUGUAUUACUAUUAUUAUGACUUUAUUAUGCAAAUAGUUUGAAUUUAGAAUUUUUGUAGGUUAUAAUUUUAAAUUUUAAGUGAGUGUGAUAGAACUAUUCCAGAGAAUAUGUGUG